AUGAAGCGUCGCACAACGUAUAGCAGCAAGAAGAAGAUGGAAUUGGUGAGGUCUAUUCACGAGGGAGGCAAUAUUGAAGCUAUUGGCGAGGAGAGCGGUGUUCCAGUUCGAAACUCGUUCCGGUGGGUUGGAGAGGACGUUAAUUGGCGUGAGAACGGGAAUAAUGGCCCGUACACCUUCAGCAAACGGCGCGGACCUGAUCCCACUCUGCCCAAGGAAGCCGAAAAAAGUAUUCACGAAUGGGUUGUGGGUCAACAAGUUGAGGGAGCUCCGGUUGGAAGGAAGGAUAUUGUCAGAAAAGCUCAACAUAUUUCCAAGCUAGUUACCGGCAAACCAGUAGGCAUGGGAUGGUACCGUCGAUUUAAAGGAAGAUUUCAUGACUUGAGCUCUCGUGCUUCUCAGUCGGUGUCAAAGUUCUUUGGCAAGGUUAUCGUGGAGGAGAACAUGGAUGGGAGCCGCGUUUUCAACAUGGACGAAACAUUUGAAAGCUCUCGUAAGACCACACGGGUCAUAGCACUUAAAGGAUCCAAGAACGUCUGGCAUACGGAUCCUACUACCAGCUUUCACCUCUCGCUUGUAGCCAAGGAAAAGGCUCUUCAAAUGGCCGCACUAGCGUGGACAAGCUGCAAUUUCAACAGCAAUAUCUCAUCUGGAUUUCAGAGCUGCGGCAUUUUUCCGUUAAAUCUUGUAAAAAUGCACGAGAAGCUACACAAUUUCCAACACAACGGAGUUUCCGCCACCGUCAAAAAGGCUUCUUGA